AGAGAGCAGCUAUAUAUUACAAGCCCAGUUUGGACCACAUUGACAACCCACAGUUUGGGCUCCUGUUAUCAGACAGUUUCAUGUCUCAAACCAAACGGCAUUACCAGCCUCACAUCUGGUCUGAUUGUUCAGGGUCUUUGCCAAACCUCAUUAACAAACCCAGAGACAGCGGCUUCUAUCAGCUGAAGAGUCACCAGAAAACAGCAACAGUGGAGAAGAAGACAGAAUACCAAAGAUUGUUUGUGCCUCAUCCUCUCUCACCAACAGGUUCCCAGAACCAUGUGACUAUAGGACCUAAAGGAGAGACUGGUUUCACUGAGGGGACACAGCUUCAGUUUAACACUUUUGAGGAGAAAAACAGCUGCAAGGUUGAACCUCGCCAGACUCACAGCUCAGUGAUGAAAGACGAUUUCUUGCCACCAUCAUUUCUGCAGGGCAUGGAGGCGAUUCAGGGCUUGAGCAGCCUUUCUUGUCAAGAAACAGGAUUUAAUCGUGGUGCUGUUGCUCCUUUGGCCUGCCCAACCUCCCUUCUGCAAUCACCCCAGACAACAAAAAAUGCAACAACUCAGAAGACUAUUGGAAAAAAGGAGCCUUCAGGGUCUCUUUUGAAUGCACCAAACAACUUGGUUUUCCCUAACACACCUUUUGAUUCUUCACACUUCACUACUCAUUAUAGGAGCAAGUUCUGUCGUUAUGCUGAGGUUAAAGAUUGGAGAUCUAGCCAAAUUGGUGUAGGAAUCAUCAGUGCAACAAUGGACAGCAGCUACAGCCGUCGGUGCAUGGACAGGUUCAUAUUCGGGGGCUAAAACCUGAGGUAGUACCUGCAUGGCUAGUCACCAGAAAAAUAACAUUUGAGGUUUUCUGCUGACACAUUAACACAUUCUCUGAAGAUUCUUUCUUUUUUUCCUUAUAAAUAAAUCCCUAAGC